AUGGCAGAUGACAAUAUUGGAGUUGAAGAAGAAAAACACCAUAUGAUGGUGGAAAGGUUAGAGGAGGUCCUUCCUGGAGAAGAUGAUGACUCCAUAGAGGAAUCCGAUGAGCAAUAUGAUGAUAUUGAAAUGUUUGAGGAAGUGGAUGAUUCUACAACCCUAGGCAAAAUCUACGAAGGGCAUCGAAAGGAAUCUCUCUUAGAAAGUCAGCCAAAUGAUGCUAAUCGCUCAGAAGAAAGGAAGAUCUCCACGUUAAUACUCGAAGUGGAUCUUAGUUGCUCCAAGUGCCACAGAAAGAUUAAAGAACUCUUGUGCAAGCUCAAAGACCAAGAGAACAUCAAGGAGAUCAAUUAUGAUGUGAAGAAUAACAAGGUGACAAUCUCUGGUCCCUUUGAUCCUCACACCCUCACAAGAACCCUCUACUGCAAAGCUUGCAAAAUUAUAAAAAAAAUCACCAGCCCACCUCCUCCAACUACUCAUAAACCAGCAGUUCCCAAACCCACCAAGCCUGAGUUCCCCCCCGGACCACCUUGCUGUGCUAAACCAACCUACGAGUGGUUGUAUGGAGUGUUCAAGUGCGCUUCGUGUGGAAUGGUGUACGCGUGGACCAAUCAAUGCCCGCCACCUACUAUCAAAAAAUGCCACCCCGGACCGGGUUGCUGCAUGGGGGUUACUGCAUGUGGCAGUGGGACCAAUUAUCAAUGCCUGCCACCACCUGCUGCUAAGGAAAAUGGAACUGAUCAUCAUGAGAAUAAUAAUAAUAAUAAUAAUAAUAAUAAGACACCGGUAUUCGAUCCCUGCAGGCCACCGGAACAGGUUUGCUGCCCUAGACCAUGCUACGUGGGAAUGCAUGGAGGGACCAUGUGUGUAUCUUGUGGGUUGAAGUGUCCCUGGAUCAAUCAUCAAGUCUCAGUUCCACAACCUCAACCUCACCAUGUCUAUGGCUAUGGUUGUGUCGUUGAGUGA